AUGCUUUCCAAAAUUGCAGUUCUGGGCGCCUUGCUGGCUGUGGGCAAUGCCCAGCAGGUUGGUACCCAGAAGACGGAGACUCACCCCAAGAUGACUUGGAAGAAGUGCACUGCGCCUGGUUCUUGCUCGACUGUCAACGGAGAGAUCACGGUCGAUGCUAACUGGCGUUGGCUGCAUGAUAAGGCAGGCUACACUAACUGCUACACUGGCAACGAGUGGAACUCGAGCAUCUGCUCUGAUGCCGAAUCUUGUGCUAGCAACUGCGCUGUGGACGGUGCUGACUACACGGGAACCUACGGCGCGAGUACCAGCGGCGACGCGCUGACGCUGAAGUUUGUCACCAAGAGCACCGAUUCCACCAACAUCGGAUCGCGCAUGUAUUUGAUGGCCGAUGCCGACAAGUACCAGAUGUUUACGCUGCUUGAUAACGAGUUCACCUUCGACGUCGACUUGUCCAAGCUGGGAUGCGGCCUGAACGGGGCGCUGUACUUCGUCUCCAUGGACGAGGACGGUGGCAAAUCCAAGUACUCGACCAACAAGGCCGGUGCGAAGUACGGAACAGGUUACUGUGACGCUCAGUGCCCUCGUGAUCUCAAGUUCAUCGAUGGGAAGGCCAACUCGGCACAGUGGAGCCCCUCGACCAAUGAUAAGAACGCCGGAGUCGGGCAGAUGGGCUCUUGCUGCUCUGAGAUGGACAUCUGGGAGGCCAACAGCAUCUCCACCGCCUUCACUCCCCACCCUUGCACGACGGUGGGCCAGCACGCCUGCGACGGGGACGCAUGCGGGGGAACCUACUCAUCCACCCGUUACGCGGGUGACUGCGACCCCGACGGCUGUGAUUUCAACUCGUACCGCCAGGGUGUGACCGACUUUUACGGUCCCAGCAUGACGGUCGACACGACCCAGAAAUUCACCGUCAUCACGCAGUUUAUCAAGGGCGCCGACGGCAACCUUGAGUCCAUCAACCGCUACUACCAACAGGGCGGCAAGACUAUUGCCAACUCGGACUCGACCAUUGCGGAUACUUCGGGCAACAACAUCAACUCGAAGUUCUGCACAGACCAGAAGAAGGCGUUCGGGGACACUGACAACUUCGCUGCCAAGGGCGGACUGGCCCAGAUGGGCAAGGCGCUCUCGAGCGGGAUGGUCUUGGUUAUGUCUCUUUGGGACGAUCACUAUGCCAACAUGCUCUGGCUCGACAGCACCUACCCGCUCGACAAAGACGCCUCGGCCCCGGGUAUUCCCCGUGGAAGCUGCGACACUGGCUCGGGCGUGCCCGCCGAUGUCGAGGACAAGCAGGCCUCUGACACCGUCAUCUACAGCAACAUCCGCUUCGGACCCAUCAACUCUACUUUCACCACUUCGUAA